AUGGACAACUUGUUCAUGGACAUCAACAAGCUAACAUGGCUAAACAUAAGAUCAAACACAAUAAAUCUUUCUGAAGAGUUGUUCAAGCCACUAGAAAAACUGGAAACAUUAGAAAUUAGUCACAAUCACAUGACCAAUAUAUCUUCGAAUUUAUUUUCACAUUUAUCUUUCUUGAGAAAACUUUCCUUGUGGCAAAGUAACGUCACCUGGUUUUCUAAAGAUCUUUUCACGGGCGUCGAUGUCCUCGAAGAAUUAGAUCUCAGUUCUAAUGGUCUUAACGAACUUCCUGCUUCAAUAUUUAAGCCCCUGAAGAAAUUAAAGAAAUUGACGUUAUUCUCCAACAAAUUUUCCUCGUUGCCACAGAAUUUAUUCAGAAAUAAUGCGGAGCUUGAAACUGUGGUGAUACUAAACAAUGACGUCAAACUGAAGGAGCUACCGAAAUACCUUUUUGGGGAUUUGCCAAAUUUGAAGCAAAUAUAUAUUCAGAGAAGUGGCCUCGAGAAUUUACCGUACGACGUUUUUGCCAAUUCGCCAGUAAUUACGAACAUAUCAUUAGCAUACAAUGACAUUACAACCCUGCCGGAAGCCAUAUUUAAUGAUCAAAUAAAUCUACUCGAGUUGGACCUGAGUUAUAACCAAUUGAGCGAGCUAAAGCCUAAAUUGUUUUCAUCUCUAGUGAGAUUGGAAAGGCUUAAAUUAUGUCAUAACUCUUUAGUAGAAAUAUCUGGUCAAACCUUUUCGUCGCUACUUAGCUUAAUAUACUUGGAAAUGGAGCACAAUAAUUUGAAAACGAUUUCACCGUAUUUGUUCAGUAACAAUAAACAGCGAAUGUCAAUAUCUCUGGCUUACAAUCAACUUGAUUUCGAGGACAAAGAGUUGACAAACAAUUCUUGGAUGGUGAAAAGGGCUUCGCCUUUUGCCCACACUUAUAAUUUAAAGCUAUUGAAUCUAAGUCACAAUGAAUUCAAAGUGGCUUUUGAGGACUGGUGGGUGAAUGGCCAUGAAAAUUUAGAUAUUAGUCACAACAAUAUACAAAACCUUUGGACUGAUGAGAAAGCAUUAAAGGAAUAUCGUAAUGUAAUGAAGAAAGUGUUCAUCAUCUAUAGGAAGCAAAUUAAUUCUAUUGUUAAGAAAAGACUCAGUACGUUCCAUCGUGCUAAUGCUCAAAGAAAAGAAAAAUCGUACAGAAUUUUAAUGGACUUCUGUCAUCAAGAUGAAGACUUUGUCAACAGAGAAAUGUUAUCAGUUAUGUCUACCAAUGAAUCUCUGCAAAUUCUGACCAAAGUGAUCACAGAUUAUAGAAACAGCGAAUUUAGAAUGUCGAAGAACUUCAAACGCUACGUAAAGGAUGUGAAAACGCGUGCUCGAGUCGUCGUGUUCUCCUCCAACUACCUAACGGAAACUUAUGGGCACAUUGACAUCAAGAAAAUCCACAGCGAAAUGUUGAAAGCGGAAAAAACCAUUUACAUUUUCGCCGAUAUCGGUCCGGAUAACUCGAUAUACGACUUUCUAGAGGAACAACGAGAUCUUCGAACGACUCUAAAAUGGAAUGAGGAAAAUUUCUGGCCGAAAUUAUACGCUCUACUUAAAAGCUUCGUAUCAUCUGAUGAAUUGAAAAAGGUGGAGGAUACACUCAUCGUUCCCGGAGACUCGCUGGAGCCAUCAAAGAUAUCGCUGACGAACACGCCCGACUGGCCCAACACAUACGAUUUCAACACACUGACACACAGUCAAGUUUAGUUACACUCCCUAUACUUAAUUUAGCGAGGUAAAGACUGACUUCUCCGCUACGAUGACAUCGGAACUCAAUGAUAGUUUUCGAAUCUUCAUUUCUUUUAUAACGUUAAGUUAAAAGUAGUUGAUACUAAAUACGAAUACUGCUUGUAUAAAAUUUUUAUAAAACUAUUUUAUCAUGUAAAAAUUAGGGUAAUGACUUAUUGUUUGUAACAGUAACUGUGAAUAGUAAGCGAACCCAUUUGUUCGGUUUAACCAUGAGAUGCCUACUUCAAAGAAGUGUGUAUCACCGAGGACAGAGGCAGC